GUUCCGCCGCGGUUAGCCUGAUGCUUCUCUGUUGGGGAGUUCACACACAACUACUUGGCAGAGGAAUGCAGCACUCGUAGCCAGCCGUACUGAAAUCUGAAGGCUUUGCUCCCAUCAUCAUCAUAAGAGCCAGCAACACUAUGGCUGGCUUCAGGCAAGAGGAUGUUGAGUUGUACUAUGAAAUGGGAGAGGAGUUGGGCAGCGGACAGUUUGCCAUCGUCCGUAAGUGCAAGGAGAAGAGCACAGGCGUCGAGUAUGCAGCUAAGUUUAUCAAGAAACGACGACUGUCGUCCAGCCGGCGGGGGGUGAGCCGCGAAGAGAUCGAGCGGGAGGUCAACAUACUGCGUGAGAUCCAGCACAGCAACAUCAUCACCCUGCACGACAUCUUUGAAAACAAGACGGAUGUGAUCCUGAUUCUGGAGCUCGUGUCCGGAGGAGAGCUGUUCGACUUCCUGGCUGAGAAAGAAUCUCUGACUGAGGAGGAGGCCACUCAGUUUCUCAAGCAGAUCUUGGACGGCGUUCAGUACCUCCACUCCAAACGCAUUGCUCACUUUGACCUCAAGCCUGAGAAUAUCAUGCUGCUGGACAAGAACGUCCCCAACCCCAGGAUCAAGCUGAUAGAUUUUGGGAUCGCUCAUCAGAUCAAAGCAGGAAACGAGUUCAAAAACAUCUUUGGAACACCAGAGUUUGUUGCACCAGAAAUAGUCAACUAUGAGCCACUGGGAUUGGAGGCAGACAUGUGGAGCAUCGGUGUCAUCACAUAUAUUCUGUUGAGUGGUGCCUCGCCGUUUCUGGGUGAGACCAAACAGGAGACUUUGACCAACAUCUCCGCUGUCAACUAUGACUUCGAUGAAGAGUAUUUCAGCAACACCAGCGAGCUGGCAAAAGACUUCAUACGCCGUCUGCUUGUCAAAGAUCCAAAGAAGAGAAUGACAAUUGAUGACAGUCUUGAGCAUCCCUGGAUUAAGGUGAUCAAGAGGCGGAACGUACGCCAGGAGGACAGAGAUCACAAGGCUGAGCGCCGACGCCUGAAGACUACUCGUCUGAAGGAGUAUACCAUCAAGUCCCACUCCAGCAUGCCACCAAACAACACCUACGUCAACUUUGAGCGCUUCUCCCAGGUGCUCGAGGAGAUCGCAGCAGCCGAGGAAGGCCUGAAGGAGCUGGAGCGCAACCAGCGCUCGUGCCGUGAGGACGUGGCGGCGCUGCUGUCUAUAUAUGAGGAGAAGGAGGGGUGGUACAAGGAAGAGAACCAGAGCAUCUCCGGUGACCUGAACCACAUCCGCCAAGAGCUGCAGCGCACUCAGGUGCAGCGAAAGAAGUGCCAGGAGGACGCGCGGGUCACCAUGCAGUCGACCAACAUCCUCAAGCGCAAAUUCGGGCGCUUGGAAAAUCGCUACGAGGUCCUGGCCGAGCAGGUGGCCUCUGAGGUCCGCUGGGUGGAGGAGCUGGUAAAGUCGAUAUCAGUGGAGAAGGACGGCCUCAGCUCUGGGAGCACGCCCUGAGCUGCGCUGACAUCCAGCAGUGACUUUUCAUUCUCAAGUUUUCCUCCUGCCCAUCGUCUCUGCUCGUGUGCCGCACGGUGGAGUUUGAGAGGGUCAGUCGUCAUCAUAAGCUGCACCGCCGCUGCUGCUGUCGCCCACAGUUCCACUAUUUUUAUGUCACGCUUGAGAGAACGAGAAGCAGGGAGGCAACACAUGGAAGCCAUUCCCCUUUGAAAAAUCUCAUUCCUGUGUCAUAUGAAUUUAUUUAUAAUUUUAGUAAUUUCAUGUACUGUAAUUCAGCUCUUUGUUUUUGUUUUUUGUUUUUUACAAAUAUAAAUGGAUUCAUUUGUUUACCUUAACCUGGUUGUAAUUUUAAAAACUGAUCUUAACUUCCUGUUGCUUUAAAAGCCAUAGCUCUCCAAUCAUCUGUUCCUGCCUCAGGUCACCGGCUUGUCAUAUGUGAAAGCUUCACAAUAUUUGGCAUAUAUUAUCAGAUUUGUGAGGCAUUCAGGGGUAUUUAUUUUUGCAUCUUACAUUUGAUUUCAGCUGACUUUAAAAUUCAUAUUUGGGGAGAAUCGUUUAUAAAUUAUGCAAACCCUCAGCACAGAAUAAAGAGUUUUAGUGCUUUAUUUUAAUGUCUGUUGUUUCUUAAUAAGUUUAUUGAACAUUUCUGGGAAAAAUAUGCUCAUUACAGAUAAAAUGGAGGCAGUUAUGAGUCUUUUUAGGUUUAUUUUUUUUAAUAAGUUAUGUUGACAGAAGUAGCUUUUUGCAUCCCCAAGAGAUUUUAAUCCAGUAAAAUCAGCAGCAAGGUAAUUCAGUAAUAUUUUUUAACCAUUUUCCUUUCAUGCAGAUAUAACGUUUUUGCAAAAUAAAAAACACAAAAAAUACACACAAUAUAUAAAAUCUCCAUGGUUAAAUUUCUUUUGGAUGAAUUGGUUAAAGAAGUUUAAUUAAUUCAGUAUAACAAUCAAUCCAUUUACUAUUUUUUUUUUUUUUUUUUUUGCCAUCUAUCCUUCCAAAGUAGUUCCUAAGUAUUGUUUGACUCGCCCCGUUUUACCUGUAAUUGGUACAGUAAGUGUCCCAGAAAAUAAGUUGUAAAUUGUUCUUAUGGGAAUGUAUAAACUCAUCUUUGCAGUGCCUGUAAUCUGAUCAACCUUAUUGCCUCUGUGAGCAGUCAUCUGUCACCCA